UCACGUGGCCGCAACCGUUAAAAAACUGCGGAGCUAAAUCUUAUGUGAAAUCUUUGUUUUGUUGAGUAGAAUAAUUUUGUUUCGGCGAAUUCGGCUUCGCCUAAAAUGGGUCCCGCUCUGUGGAUACAUUGCAAUGUUUGCUACUACCAAAUGGCAAGGAAAAGCCGAAAAUUUUACCAAGCCCGAUGUAUGCAUGUUCUGUGCAUCAAGUGUAUGGCCCAAACACAUCGUGGGAAAAUCUGUCCACUUUGUAAAUUCAAUGAUAACCGAUUUAUUGAAAUUAACAACGAGAUGAAUCCGGAAGUUAAGGCGAUGUACGAUCCGAAACCUAUAAGACCGCUGGAGAAAGCAUUCCGCAUCAUGAACUUUCAACAGAAACACAAAUUGAACCUAAUACGACAGAUAGAUGCUACUGUGGAAAAAUACAAACAGCUGAAGGUCAACGAUAUGGCCCUGAGGAAGAAAAUUUACAAGGUACAGGAAAAGCACAACGAGCUGCGCACCCAGCGGAGGGCACUGCAAGAAGCUCAGCGAGAUAGCUCCUCGCCGACGGACAGCUCUCCCUCGCCCAAGAACGAUAACAACGAUGCCAGCCAGGCGUCGGCCUCUUCCUCUCGGCAGCAACGCUAUCGACAGGAUGAAAAAUCGUACUUCGAUAGGCAUCAGCCAAGCAGUUCUAAAGGACACCAUCACAAGCACAGAUCGUUCUUCCGUGACAAGCAAUCCAGCAGCUCAGAAGAUCAAAAUAUCUACCCAAAGGAUUCAUUUCUGAAUAUUAAGUACGCACAAUCCUCAUCGACCAACUCGGAUCGAUCGGUUGAACUAGGAUUCACGCCCUCCUCAAGUGGAAAAGCUUCGCGAUAGGCAGUGUUCCGUUACUGUGAGCAGACUGCUUUUGGAAUCGUAUUAUUGACUGGAGGUGGCCCCAGAGAGUACUUUUACAGUGUAUUGUAACUGUAAACUUUAUAGCUUCAGGAAUUAUCAA